UUUCUGAGAAGCAGACACAGAAAGAGAGGGGGAGAUCAGGGGGGUGCCGCUUUAUAUUUUCCCUGUGGCGUGCUAAGUGCUUGGCUCUUUAUUUAUAUAGUUAAGAAAUAUAACAAAAAGGAAAAAUGGCGAAUGACUCUCCUGCAAAAAGUCUGGGAGAUAUAGACCUUUCCUCUUUGCGGGAUCCUGCUGGGAUUUUUGAGCUGGUGGAAGUGGUUGGAAAUGGCACCUAUGGGCAAGUUUAUAAGGGUCGACAUGUCAAGACAGGUCAGUUGGCAGCUAUUAAAGUCAUGGAUGUUACUGAGGAUGAAGAAGAAGAAAUAAAGCUGGAGAUCAACAUGCUGAAAAAAUAUUCUCAUCAUAGAAAUAUUGCAACAUACUAUGGUGCUUUUAUUAAAAAAAGUCCCCCAGGACAUGAUGACCAACUGUGGCUUGUUAUGGAGUUUUGUGGUGCAGGCUCUAUUACGGAUCUUGUGAAGAAUACAAAAGGAAAUACUUUGAAAGAGGACUGGAUAGCAUAUAUCUCCAGAGAAAUUCUCAGGGGAUUGGCACAUCUACAUGCCCAUCAUGUGAUUCAUCGAGACAUUAAAGGACAGAAUGUAUUGUUAACAGAAAAUGCAGAAGUGAAAUUAGUGGAUUUUGGUGUUAGUGCUCAGCUGGACAGGACUGUUGGUAGAAGAAAUACUUUUAUUGGGACGCCUUAUUGGAUGGCUCCAGAAGUUAUUGCCUGCGAUGAAAAUCCAGAUGCAACAUAUGACUAUCGAAGUGACCUUUGGUCAUGCGGCAUUACAGCCAUUGAGAUGGCAGAAGGCGCUCCCCCCCUUUGUGAUAUGCAUCCAAUGAGAGCCCUGUUUCUUAUUCCCAGAAAUCCACCUCCACGGCUAAAGUCCAAGAAAUGGUCAAAGAAGUUUUUUAGUUUUAUAGAAGGCUGUUUAGUAAAAAAUUAUAUGCAGCGACCUUCUACCGAGCAGUUGUUAAAACAUCCCUUUAUACGUGAUCAACCAAAUGAACGACAAGUUAGAAUCCAGCUUAAAGAUCAUAUAGACAGAACCAGGAAGAAGAGAGGAGAGAAAGAUGAAACAGAAUAUGAAUAUAGUGGAAGUGAAGAGGAGGAGGAAGAAGUGCCUGAACAAGAAGGAGAACCAAGUUCUAUUGUUAAUGUGCCUGGAGAAUCUACCCUCAGACGUGACUUCCUGAGAUUGCAGCAGGAAAACAAGGAGCGUUCUGAGGCUCUUCGGAGGCAACAGCUGCUACAGGAACAGCAGCUCCGUGAGCAGGAGGAAUACAAGCGGCAGCUGCUGGCAGAAAGACAAAAGCGCAUUGAACAGCAGAAAGAGCAGAGGAGGAGACUAGAAGAGCAACAGAGAAGAGAGCGUGAAGUUAGAAGACAGCAAGAACGGGAACAAAGGAGGAGAGAACAGGAAGAAAAAAAACGAUUGGAGGAGCUGGAAAAAAGGCGGAAGGAAGAAGAAGAAAGGAGGAGAGCAGAGGAAGAGAAGAGAAGAGUGGAGAGAGAGCAGGAGUAUAUCAGGCGACAGCUAGAAGAGGAGCAGCGGCACCUGGAAAUUCUUCAGCAGCAGCUGCUCCAGGAGCAGGCCAUGUUACUGGAAUACAGAUGGCGAGAGAUGGAGGAACACCGACAAGCCGAGAGGCUUCAACGUCAGUUGCAACAGGAACAGGCAUAUCUUUUAUCACUUCAGCAUGAUCACAGGAGGCAGCAACAACAGCAACAACAACAGCAGCUCCAGCAGCAAGAAAGGAAUAAACAAAACUAUCAUACCCCUGACCCUAAAUCCCAUUAUGAGCCUACAGAAAGGCCUCGGGAGGUUGAUGACAGAUAUAGAAAGAAUAAUCAGAGCUCCCCAGAAGCCCAGUCUAAACAGGGAAGCAAAGUGUUAGAUCCACCAGUGCCUUCAAGAUCAGAGUCCUUUUCAAAUGGAAAUUCUGAGACGGUUCAGCCAUCAUUGCAAAAACCAAUGGAAUCACAGGUACAGUGGUCUCAUCUGGCAUCUCUCAAGAACAAUGUUCCCCCUGUCUCACGGUCCCAUUCCUUCAGUGACCCUUCUCCCAAAUUUGUACAUCACCAUCUGCGCUCUCAGGACCCAUAUCCACCUUCACGCAGUGAAGUGCUAAAUCAAAGUUCUGACUCUAAAUCUGAGGUACCUGACCCCACCCAAAAGUCUUGGGCUAGAUCAGACAGUGACGAGGUUCCUCCAAGGGUACCAGUGAGAACCACAUCCAGAUCACCUGUGCUAUCCCGCCGAGAUUCUCCACUACAAAACACUGGGCAGCAAAAUAACCAAGCAGGUCAAAGAAACUCCACGAGCAAUAUAGAACCUCGGUUGCUCUGGGAAAGAGUGGAAAAACUGGUACCAAGACCAGGAAGUGGAAGUUCUUCUGGAUCAAGCAAUUCGAGUUCACAGCCUGGUUCCCAUCCUGGUUCCCAGAGUGGAUCUGGAGAAAGAUUCCGGAUGAGAUCAUCAUCAAAAUCUGAAGGUUCACCUUCACAGCGUAAUGAAACUGCAGCCAAAAAGACUGAAGAGAAGAAAGAAGUCUUCAGACCCUGCAAACCUGCGGGAGAAGUGGAUUUAACUGCUUUAGCAAAGGAAUUGCGGGCAGUGGAAGAUGUACGACCACCUCACAAAGUGACAGAUUAUUCAUCAUCAAGUGAAGAAUCAGGAACAACAGAUGAGGAGGAGGAUGAUAUGGAGCAAGAAGGAGUUGAUGAAUCUACUUCUGGCCCUGAAGAUGCCAGAGCAGUAUCCACUUUGAACCUCAGCAAUGGAGAAACGGAAUCAGUAAAAACAAUGAUUGUGCAUGAUGAUGUGGAAAGUGAACCUGCCAUGACUCCUUCCAAGGAGGGCACUUUAAUCGUCCGACAGAGUACAGUUGACACAAAGCGUGCCAGCCAUCAUGAGAGCAAUGGCUUUGCCGGUCGCAUUCACCUCUUGCCAGAUCUCUUACAGCAAAGCCAUUCCUCCUCCACUUCCUCCACCUCCUCCUCCCCAUCCUCCAGCCAGCCGACACCCACCAUGUCCCCACAGACACCCCAGGACAAGCUAACUACUAAUGAGACUCAGUCCGCUAGUAACACACUGCAGAAACACAAAUCUUCAUCCUCCUUCACACCUUUUAUAGACCCCAGAUUACUACAGAUAUCUCCAUCUAGUGGAACUACUGUGACUUCUGUUGUGGGAUUUUCUAGUGAAGCAAUGAGAUCAGAAGCAAUGAGGCAGGAUCCAACCAGAAAAGGAUCAGUCGUUAAUGUCAAUCCUACAAAUACACGGCCACAGAGUGACACCCCAGAGAUCCGCAAAUACAAGAAGAGAUUCAAUUCUGAAAUCUUAUGUGCUGCCUUAUGGGGAGUUAAUUUAUUAGUGGGGACAGAAAGUGGCCUGAUGUUAUUGGAUAGAAGUGGCCAAGGGAAGGUUUAUCCACUAAUAAACAGAAGGAGGUUUCAGCAAAUGGAUGUACUUGAAGGUUUGAAUGUCUUAGUGACAAUAUCAGGUAAGAAAAACAAAUUGAGAGUUUAUUACCUCUCAUGGUUAAGAAACAAGAUCCUUCACAAUGAUCCUGAAGUAGAAAAAAAACAAGGGUGGACAACUGUAGGUGAUUUAGAAGGCUGUGUGCACUACAAAGUUGUAAAAUAUGAAAGAAUCAAAUUCUUAGUAAUUGCUUUGAAGAGUUCUGUGGAAGUCUAUGCCUGGGCACCAAAACCAUACCACAAAUUUAUGGCAUUUAAGUCAUUUGGAGACUUGGUACAUAAACCAUUGUUAGUGGAUCUUACUGUAGAAGAAGGCCAGAGAUUGAAGGUGAUCUAUGGUUCCUGUGCUGGUUUUCAUGCAGUUGAUGUGGAUUCAGGAUCAGUGUAUGAUAUUUAUCUUCCAACUCAUAUUCAGUGUAGUAUCCAGCCUCAUGCGAUCAUUAUUCUUCCUAACACUGAUGGAAUGGAACUGCUUGUUUGCUAUGAGGAUGAAGGAGUAUAUGUCAACACAUAUGGAAGGAUCACCAAAGAUGUGGUUCUGCAAUGGGGUGAAAUGCCUACAUCUGUGGCCUACAUUCGAUCCAAUCAGAUUAUGGGCUGGGGAGAAAAGGCUAUUGAAAUACGGUCAGUGGAAACAGGACAUUUGGAUGGUGUAUUUAUGCACAAAAGAGCACAAAGACUCAAAUUUCUAUGUGAACGUAAUGACAAGGUUUUCUUUGCCUCUGUACGGUCUGGAGGAAGCAGUCAAGUUUAUUUCAUGACUUUAGGCAGGACUUCUCUUCUCAGCUGGUAGAAGCUCUAUAGCUUGGCAAGGAAUUGCUGUCCUUUGGAGUCUUCAUAACUUGGAAUCAUUUGCAACUGGAGUACAGACCUGCCAUGAUGCACUCCAAACAUGCUAUUGCAUGUGCAAGCAUCACUGGUGUUGGGUUCUUUUCAUUUUUAAACUGAGGCUGCAGGGUGCAGCUGGUGCUUUUGGCCAUCAGGUGCUAUCUGAUUUGGGAUCCCAGUAGAGAAAGAAUCAGGUCUCUCCUUUUCUUCCUUUCCCUGCUCCAGAUGUCCUAAUGAAUAAAGGAAGAGACUGACCAGGAAAACGUUUUUGGAAGGAGGCAGGCAGGAGAAGGUGCAGGAGGGUGACAUAGGUGGACUCUGUGUCACUGAAGCAGGGGGCAAAUUUAAUAUAGUAAUAUUAACAAUGUAAUUUAAUUGAUGUUUCUUUUUCUUUUUUCUUUUCUUUUCUUUUUUGUAAUGUGACUCUGUGGAAAAAGAGAAAGAUGCAGGUUUUAAAAGUUAUUAUUUAUAAAAAUGUGAAAGGCACAGUGGUUUAGGGAAGGUGGGGUGAUUUUCUUUUUAAGUUUUGGCCUGGCCAAGAGUUCAAUCCUUCUUGUCCUGUGUGCCAGGUUUUGCCUAAAAAUCACAGUGGUUUUUUUAAAAAAACAUAACGGCAUAGUUCAUUUUUCUACAAUGACUCUUCAUUAGGCCAAAACUUGGUAAUUUCAGUGUUAGCACUGCCUCAGUUAAAGGUUUAAUUUUUGUUUAAACCUAAAAUGUGCAACAGCUUUUACUACCAGUCUUUGGGGAAAGAAAAUUCCAAACAUGUUUAUUUUUGUGCCUACCUCAUUGUUUCUAAUGCAUACAAUAAAAGAGGUGGUUUAGGUUUAUAAUUUUUUUAGGAGAACCAGUACUAAUAUCCACUUAAUUGUGAUACCAAAACUAUCAGAUUACAGAUUUGACUGUUACUUUCGUACCAGGUUUUAGGAGAUCAGACCAUCAGUCACUUGUAAUGAUUAAAUUAGAUUAAGGACUUAAGAGUAAUUGAGUUUUUUUAAUUUUGAAAUUUUAUUUUUUAAUUUUAUUUUUAACAGUUUCAUUACCAACGGAACUUUAAGAAGUUUAGCUUAAAAUCCAGAAAGUUUUACCUUUAACAUGAGAGAUUUAGUAACACAAAAGUAACAAAAACUAAGCAAAUUCAAUACUUUCGUAAGAAAUCUGGAAUGUUUUCCUUUUCUAAAAAUGCAAUGCUCUAAAACUAUAAGAAUGUAGUUAAUUCUACUUACUCAGUUUUUAAAAGCAACAUAUACUUGUGUUUCAGUGUAAAAUCUAAAUUCUUGGAUCUUUUUUUUUUCCCUGUCCUGUGUUUUUAAAGAGGAAAAGCUCCACAAAAUUUUGUUUUAUCCCUAAAAUUUUUGGCCUUUAUAAUAAAUCUGUCAAGACUAAUACUUUGAAAGGCUACAUGUGUUUAUUACUUGAGAAGACUUGAGUGUGUAAUUAUCUGUGGGUGAUGUAAUAAUGCACAGUCAUGAUACAAUAAUUAUGAUUUUUGAACUGUUAAAAAAUAUCUUUGGGGUAAUUUAGUUGACAGUUGCCUUAAGUUCCCUGUUUAAUCAGUGAAUUGGAUUCCAGUGUUUCAUGGCAUGAAAAUUAGGGACUUAUGUGUGAUUCUUCAGUUAAGAGGCUUUGAUAGAUCAAGUAACAAAGACCAAAUGACUUGCUUUGUGUCAAACAGCACCAAUUGAAGGAGCCUAGAUCUGAGUUAGUACUACUUAGGACAUCAGUAAAAGUGCUGUUUCUUUUUCUUACUAGCUUUCUCCCCUUUAUUAAGUAUUUUUUUUUUUUUGAAGAGCUGGAAGGGUUUCUCCUUUCCUCAAAAGUAAUUUGUAUAAAUCAAAUAGGAACAGCUGAUAAUUUCUGCUUUGAUUUUUUUAAAAACAAAAUUCAUGUUUUUUUUUAAUUGUUUGAGAUUUAGAUAGCACUGAAUGUGAGACCCAAGAUUACAGGUGACUUUCAUUUCCCUUCAUUCCUCUUAGCAAACAGUCAAAAAAUUAACUGUAGAUUGAAUAGUGGAAAAUGCAUGGGAUGCAGGAGAUUGAUGUUGCCGCCAGCAAUAGGAUCCUUUCUGGCACUGGAACUGUAGCAUGAGAUGAUAAAACCAAUGGGCCAGAGGCUCUUAGGAAAAGUUUAGAAUCACAUCUUGUGAUUUAAUUUUUGCCCUUGCCCCUCAUGCCACCAUGUUUGUAUGCAUGUGUGUGAACACACAUCCCAAUGCAUAUACAUACAUACAUGUGUGUGUGUGUGUGUGUAUAUACAUACAUAUACAUACAUACAUACACACAGAGAGAGAGAGAGAGAUGUAUGCAAAUAGUUAAAAAGAAACUACUGUUCACAAAUGGAAGAAUGUUGUAAUUUUGAAGAAUUCUGCCAGAUUAAUAGGCUGGUGCAGCUCUGUACAUCAGAAUGAAAAGAAGAUGGAAAAACAAAUCCAUGGUGGCUAAUUUUACAAGUCAAAUCAGUAUUAUGAAACCACUACAUAUGAAAUGUUGACAUCCAUUUUAAAACAGUGCUGUUGGUAAGCAUUAAAAGUACUCUUAGUUUAGUUUAAGCUUUAAGUAAUAAUUUCUGUAUCCUAUGUCAAAGUAAUUCUAACUGUAUGAAUGCAGUGACUUUAUUUUUAUCGUAUGCACAUGUUAUGUUGGAGAAAAUGUUUACAAAAAUGGUUUUGUUACACUAACGUGCAUCACAUAUUUAUGGUUUAUUUCAAAGUGAUUUUGUGGGGUUUAGGUUUUCAUAGUGAUAGCAGUACACAAUUUUUGUGUUUUUUUUAAAUAACCCCAGUAUUGCCAUCUAUGAAGAUGCUUAAACAAUAAUACAAAUGACAAAAUUGCAGUAAAAUUACUAAUUGUAGAACUGCAAAAUAGACUGGUGACAAGGAAACACCAAGCCUUUUUGCAGUGAUGUCUAAUUUUUUUGUGUAUUAUAAAUAACUGUUUCCCACCCAUUUUUUCCUUAAAUAAAGUAAAAAUGGCACCUAUGUGUAUGUGGAAAGUAUUUUGAGUAACUUUUUAUCUCAAGAGAAAGUUUUUUGAGUGAAAUUAUGUAGGAUUCUUUAAAUGAUAAACUUUGUGAAAUAUAUAUUUUGUAGAAAAAGCUAACACAAAAAGGAGUAAUGCUGUAAUGGUAUGUAGAAAUGACUUUGGAAAACAGGGGGAAGAGCCACAGACAGCUCCCUCUCUCCCAAAGUCAUCCCCAUACCAUUGCAGAUGUGUAUCUAUUUUGAAACACUGUAAGAUAGACUUGAUUUACCUCUCAAAACAUAGCCUAGCUAUCUUCUUUUUCCUCCCACCAAAGAUUUAACAAGGGUUAAUUACUAAGGCAUAUAUAUAUGGAGUGUUCAUGUGGGACAUGCAUCAUCUGUUAUUUGUAUCUCACUGCAUUUAUAUUCAAGGAUUUGUGUGUGUAUGUGUGUGUUAUUUCAGAACAAACACUGUUUUUUAUUCUUAUUCUAAACACCAUGUACUUUAAGCCUUAUGCCUUAAUACAUUUCCUAUAAAUAAGUAUCACCAUAUGGGCAAACCAUAAUUUACCUAUCCUGUUUUUCCCUAUUAUUUUCAGGAAUGCAGUAGAAAUAAUUAGAGACCAUGCAAAUGUGUAGAAGUGACAGAGAGAGGUUAAUACGGGAAAACUGUAUGGACCAAAGUGUGAAUUGGUACAAAGUAAGACUGUUAGGUAAUAUACAGUGAAUAUAAAUGCUAAUGUUUCCUAAAACAAAGUGAAAAGAGAUUGGAUGACACUGUGGGGAAGUGGUAAAUAUUCUUAGGUUGGGAAUAUUUUGAAAGAAGCAUGAUAUGACUCACAAUCACCGUAUUGAAAAACAUUCAGUGCUUGACAAAAGAUCCAUAAGAGUUUUGCUGGGUGUCCACAAUGUUGGCUUUAUAUUAGUUACUUUCUCAGACUUGUAUCUUAAGCAACUUUUUUUAUAGUUGCUUAAAAAAGAACAUAUCACUCUCUAUUCUUCUAGUUUUCUUCCCAACAGGAGUCCUGUGCUUUGGCUGAGGGAGAAGGACUGGUCCAACGUUUCCUAGUAAGCUUCUAGGGCAAAGGUAGACUUGAUCCUCAAUAUUCGUGAUGCGGAUCCAACAUUUUAGCCACUCCUACAUUGAUUCUGCCAGAACAUGCAUUAGCUUCCAACAUCUUUCCUAUGCCAGUGUGAAAAUGCAUAUUGAUUCCUGCUUAUGUUUAUACAUUCACGUUUUAUGCACAUAAGCACACAUCAAAUUAUAUUCCCAUUAACUUCUAUAAAUUGUCUAAAUUUUCUUUUGUGUAAUUCUGAGUUUCUUAGUCAUGCAGUGGGCAUGAAUCUGUUGUUUCUAUGUCCUACAUUAUAUUCAGCUCCUUAAACAACUGUCUCUGAGCCUUGCAUGUAUUCUCAGUCAUUUUUUGUAAUUGUAGAUGAUUCUGUAUUUUUGGGAAGAAAUUGACUGUGAGAUUGUGUAAAUGUACUUUCUUAACUAUCUGAGUAACAACAAGUAGCUCAGAUGUGCUAUUCCAUUACAACACGCUAGGGUUUUGAAACUCCUGUGAAAAGUACGUGCUGUACACGGAAAUAAAUUGUUGCUUUUUCCCUAUCAUUCAGUUUAUUUUAAAUAAUCUGUAAAAUCCUCUAUGUUUGAAUAAUAUUCCCAAACUAUUAGGAGCUAUACUUACUCAUUAUCUAUUUUUAGGACAUGAUUUAAGAUUUUCCUCUUUAGCUGUGCUUUUUCAAUAUGAAUUAGCUAAGAUAUUUUAAUUGUUUGUUAUAUAUUUAAUGAUUUCUGUUCUGACUUCUUAUUGUUAGUUACUCUGAACGUCCAGAAGAUAGAAUAAGUUGAAAAAGAACUUAUUCUUUAUUCUAGCCAUUCAUACCAAGAAAUCUGGAUCCUUACAGCCUAAUUAGUUAGUAUUAGAAAGAAAAGAGAUUAGAUACAUAAUUUGAAAGUAUGUUAUUCAUCAUUCAGUAAAUUAAGCUCUUUGAUCACCUGAUUUUCUUUUGAUCUACUUUUUGACGGAGGAAGAUUUUGCUUCCAGUUGGAAAAGGAGGAAUACACAGAUAUUCUAAUUCUGCCUAGGUUAUAAUUCCUAGUGAUUAGACUAUUACAUUGCAUGGGUAUUUAAAAACCCAACACAAUUAACAUACAUUUUACAAGAGUGUCCAAAAUAAUGAUAAAGGAGAAUGCCUGUACAGCUAUCAUCAAUAUAAACAAAUAUUUAAAAAUUGCCAAGCUUAACAAGAAUAGAGUACAAUAUUGGUAAGUGGGCUAAUGCUAACAUUAAAACACAUUUGUCAAAUAAAAAGGUGUUUAAGCUCGUUUUAAAUAUCAUAACAAAGAAAAGAUGAAACAGUGUUCUGAAGACAGGUCUCUGAAAACCCACAACUUUAGACAGGAGAACAGAAAGAAUAUCCUGCCUAGAGAAAUCCAAGGCACUAAACAGGAUAUUAAGAGAAAGAAUGAUAAACUAGAGAAUGCGGUGGGAGGUUAUGACCUGAGCAAUAUAAAUGCAAGUUUAAAUAGAGAGCUAGUGAAGAACAAUGUCUUGCAGUGAAACAGGAGGAUAGUGUGGAAAUUCUGAGCAACAGCUGAUCAGAAUUAGGAGGGGAUAGAAAAAUUAGGAACAUGCUAGGAUUAUUUAAUGCUGGGAAAGAUUGAGGGCAAUAGAAGAAGGGGACGACAGAGAAUGAGGUGGCUGGAUGGAGUCACUGAAGCAGUAGGCGUGAACUUAAAUGGAUUCCAGAAGAUGGUAGAGGACAGGAAGGCCUGGAGGAACGUCCCUGGGGUCACGAUGGGUCGGACACAGCUUCGCAAUUAACAACAUAACAACAACAAGGAUUAUUUGUAAUAAUAUAAACUUGAAAAAAUCCAUAAUGCUUGAGAAAGUUGAAAGGAAAGAAGAAAAAAGAAGGUCAGUGGUGGAUAGAUUGUAUUAUCACACCAAUGAAGAGAUCUAAAAGGCCAAGUUGAAGAUAAGCCUUUCUGGAAACCACACAGUUGUUAAGAUUUGAUAUUAACUUUAUGGUACUUAAGAUUGUAACAGCCCAGGAAAUAAGUGUAUGUACUUAAUUAUGUACCAAUAAAAUUGUGGUCUGCUCCAUAAAAAAAACUCUACGGAUACUCAUCCAAUAAAAAUUAGCUACCUGCUGCAAGAUCAAACACAAUGCCUAUUGAUUUCCAUCGAGAUUCAGAGAUUGCAAGUGGGAGAAACGGAGACAACCAGGAAAUAAAUGAAAGGAAACAAAAGAGGAUGGAAAAGAUCUGGGCUGAAACCUUACAAAUCUUUGUCAUAUCCUUACUCAGUUUGAAACCAUGAGAGGAUUUUCAAGAUAAAAUUAUGAUAAUACGUUCUGUCCCUUAUCAAGGGACAGAGCAAAUAGGGGGGGUUGGUUUUUUGUUUUUGGGGUUUUUUUUGUAUCAUUAGCAUUGCAGUGAUUGGAAAUCCUGAUCAUGAAUCUACUAACGCAGAGGAAGGUUUAAAGGUUAAACAAGCUGUUACUGCAAAUGGAAAAAUUCCUGGGUCAUUAAUCAGCCAUGCAGUACAAUGGAAUACUUGAAGAUAAAAAGGAGUCAAAGAAGUCUUAACUGGGAAAACAAUAUCAGAUUGUUUGUAUAUCAAACACUCCUAUCAGGUCUGAAAAAAAUAUGAUGUAAGGCAUUGGAAGUUAGUUACCAGAAUAUAAUUUUAUUAAAAAUGUAGGCAUUAUUUAAUGUAAUAUAUGAGUGCAGAUGAAAAGGAAAAUUACUAUUAAAACAAUGCUUUUCUGCUUGUAAAUUGUUUUCCUUUGUAAAUAUUGUUUGCUGAAACAGAAGUUGUUCUGUUACUAGUUUAAAAAUUAGUUUUACAGAAUUCAGAAGAAUUGAAAUUGAGCUAGGAAUUAUAAAAAUGUAGAAAGUCUCAAUUCUUUGAGACAAAAGUGAAGGAAGAAGUAAGUAAAACCGCAGUUUAAUGGAUCAUUUGGACAAGAGGAAUAUCUGCUAAAUCUAAGUGCCCAUUAAAUCAGAAAUUGCAUUGAUUUGCAUUAUUUGUAUAAUUAUGUAAUGUAGAUGACCUCACUUGUAGUAAAAUGCUGAUUGUAUAUACAUUAGUCCAGUAAAUAUGAGUGAAGUCCAAAUAAAGAAGAAAGCUUAUUCCAAAAUCUA